CGACGUGUUUUGGCCAAUCCAAAUAAUGCAAGUCGCGUGACCGAGGCUAUAUUUUAGUAAAAAUCUUUUCAUACUUUUUGUUCAAUCGGUCAUUUUUAUUGGCUUGCUUUAUCAAUACAUGGCCUAAAUAUUUGAAACGAAAAAACUUAGCUACUUUUGCUCACAUUUUGGGCAAGCAAAGAUAAAGAUAACUUCAAAAAAAUUUCAGCCAUGAAUUUUAAAUUGGCGUCCGUGCUUGGAAUUUUUUUGUCCUUUCUUCUUUUUACUUUGGUGAAGACUCAGUUCACCCAAGAUGUCAAAAACGAUUUUCAAAAUAUAUUCGACGACGUGUUCCUGAACAGUCGGUGUCAAGACCGGACCCGCUGCAUGAUGAGUGAAUGGGACUAUGUGAAGGAUUUGACGAAUGACAUGGAUGACGUGUACAUAGGACCCACCCUCUACAAAGAGCCGGGCAACUGGUACUUCGACAGGGACAACAAAGACCCCAUCCACUUUGCCAAUUUUAUGUGUGCCGCCAGGCAGGACUUCGAUUCCGUCGCUUUCUACAGUUGGUUCAAAAACGGAGAGGAGAUUCAGGUCAGUAGUCCGGAGAAUAAACACAUUGCUAUAGCUGGGGGUCUGCUAUCGAUCAACAACCCAACGGCAAAGGAUGUUGGCAAGUACUACUGUUCGGCAUCCAACAUCGCGGGAACCACCCUCGGCAGGACCAGGUCACUAGUCUUGGCAUACGUCGAAGAGUUUACAGGAGGCGAAAGAAUUGAAGUUGUAUCUUCAACCGGAGUAGCAGUUAUCGCAUGUAACAGACCCAAGUGGUUCAAACAUCUGGAGUACUUCUGGAAACGACAAAUCUUGGCGCCAAACGGGACUCUACUUGACGACGAAGAGUGGAUCGAAGAAAACGAUCGCUUCAUUGUUGACGAGAAUAACGGCAACCUCUACAUGAUUAAGCCGAGUCCGAGCGACCUGAACCGAGUGUACAGGUGUGUCGUGCAAAACGAGAAAGAGUUUGAACAGCAGUCAGAGGGCUACGGCUUCAGGUACGGACCCCCAGUCAGCAUCCGGAGGAGCACGGAUCUGCCGACGAUGAAUGACCUCUCGUUCAAGUUCCCCAGCCAGAAUGCGGAGUACAAGAUUCGGGCAACUAAAAACAUCACAAUGAGCUGUAUUGCAGAUGGAGGUUAUGAUCUGCUGGCGUACAGUUGGACUGUUCCGGACCCGACCGCAUCUAACACUUUCUACCGCUUCCGGGGUGCUAAGCUGGACAUCAUCGGAGCUACACUGAGCAACAACGGAGAGUACGAAUGCACAGUGAGAAACAGAGACAGAGAGACGUCUAUCAAAAUGUUCUUAUACGUAUUCGCGGCACCUAAAAUCACGAAGAAACUUCAGAAUCUGCAAGCCAGAGCGGGAGAACAAGUCACUUUGACUUGCGAGGCCAUGGCAGAACCAGCACCGACGUACAGGUGGUACUUCAAUGGACAGCUCAUAAGACAGGGGUCGGGUUUGAGCCCGAACGGGAACGCACUGGAGUUCGAGAUCAUUCGGGAGGAACACUCUGGCAUGUAUCAGUGUGAAGCAUUCAACAAAUACGUCAACUCUUUCACAACUGCGCAAGUCAUUGUUGACGACGUGGAGCCUAUCUUUGUAUCUCAGUUCGAUUUCCGAGUGGACGGGGGCCUGGUGUUUGAGGAGGGAUACGACGGAAAGAUUCUCUGCAGGCCCUUCGCCAUUCCGGUACCCGUGUUUAGCUGGAGCUUCGAAAGUCAGAUUAUCCAGAACAGCUCCAAGUACCAGAUGUGGCUAGAUGGUACUCUGCACAUCAAACAGGUGACAGGUGCGGAUACUGGAGACUACAAGUGUCUAGCUCAAGGGGGAGGAAACAGCAAAGCCAUGAACUUCGAAGUAGCGGUCAUACCCCGUGUGAACGUGCAGAUGGACACGACUCCGCUGAUCACUCGCGUGAACAGAAGUGUGGACAUCAAGUGUGAGCUGGCCUCCGAGAAUUCGAACGAGGGGAAGUUCCUCUGGUUCCUCAAUGGAGUCCAAAUCAGUCCCAGUCCAAACCGAUCCAUCGUCCCCAUCGAGCAGCACUACAGACGUUUGGAUUCUAUCUUUGGAACCCAAGACUUUGCCACGAAGAUCCAAAAAGACAUGAAAUUUGCAAUGUCCGGGAACUUCCCAUACUUUUUCGCUUCAUCUUCCCGUGAAAACCCUUUCUAUCCUCCUACGGGACCCGGAAAGUUCUCGUGGAAUGAUGCUUAUACUCGCCGAAGUGUACAGAGCGAAGCGGAGUGGCUUGAGUUGCGGAAGUGGGAUCCCUUCAAUCCGUACAAGAGCAGCGAGCAGUUCCAACAGGAGCUGAAGGAGGAGGCUGACACCAUCUUGAGAUACUACGGGACAUUCCUUUCCUGGUACAUCGAGUCCCCGCUGUUCAGAAACAGAGAUAAUCUUCAUUACAUAAUGGUAAGUGACGGGGUGAAGAAUGGGACUCUGAGACUGUUCAGACCCCAACAGUGGCAGCAGGGAACACACAAGUGCUGCUACGCCACUCUCUACGGACAGACAUGCAAAGAGGUCCACGUGUCUGUCAUAGACACGCCCCCCGAGCCGCUUAAUGUGCUCUUUGACACGAACUCACUCGUGCUGUCAUGGGGCAAUCCCGGUCGACCGAAUGACGACGAAGUGCUCAAAAUUGAGAAGUUCUUGAUACUGGCCGAAACGCUUCCACUCUACCCGAUUCCACCACUGAUGCAGCCAUGGCCCCAGGACAAAACUUACCUACAACCGGACCCUUUUUGGCCCAUCGAAGCGGUUUCGAAGGCUCCAAAAGGAUUCGUUAAGAUCGCUGAAGCGGGACCAGAAGCAAGGCGAAUGAACUUGUCUAAUUUUAUUGUCGGUUACAACACAAUGCGCUUUAAAGUAGUCUCAGUAAAUGCGAUUGGCCCAAGUCCACCCAGUCCCCCAACUGAAGAUCUGGUCAUUCCCCAGUCCCGACCGAAGAUGGUAGUCAAAAAUAUCCGAGCAGGUCAUGCUUUGCGGGCGGCGACUAAACGAUUGUUGGCUGUGGCCUUUGAUCAUGUGCGAAUUGACCAGUUUGGAGCAGACAACUGCUUCUUCAACGUGUACUAUAGAGAGACUGGAUCGAACUCCAACUUCCAGAUGGAGAUGAUGAGGUCCCCCUUCCAGACCCAGAUUACAAUCGAACUUAGGACCAAUUCUUUCGCUGUGGGGGGUAGUCCCCUUGGGAGUCGGAACAAUCUGCAGGAGUUCGAUGUUCAGAUUGAAAUUGCGAACAAGAUCGGCGCGGGUCCAAAGUCGCCCAUUGUGAGAGUGAAAGAAGUACCUUUGGCUCCUGAUCAGGCUGUUUCAAAUGUGAAGAUUAAACCAACCCUCUGGCUCUUCAGUAAUGAUCACGUUCAAGGGAAUCGACGUUACGAGGGAACCGACAUUUGUCGGGUAUCAAGUUGAAUACUACAAGCACAUCGAAGAAAUUUAUAAUGUACUGAGUUACAAAUUCGAGUUAUCGAAGGGAAACGCCACGCGGAUGCAAGAAGUAAACGUGUUCGAUUUGCAACC